GUUUUGUUUCUUUUUUUUGCGCUUUGUAUAUUUGCGGCAGUGGCAGUCGCACUUUGCACAUUUUUUUAUUUCUUUUGUUGUGAAUUGUGAAGAAGAUUUCCGUUUUUUUCAUCAAUAAAUUUCAUAUAUUGAAUAUAAACUCUUCUUCGCAUUCAAUCAUUAUUUUAUCUAACCCAAUUGUGUGGUGCUCCCUUUUUUGAUAAAUUUCUUCAACUUGCUGCAACAUGAUGGCAAUGGACGCCAAACAAAAGCUAAAACGCUUUUGUUAUUUGGGUAACUUUGAGCCAGUCUACAUUCGUCCUCGUGUUGGCCUAAAAGUUGAUCAACUCUUUCCACCACUCAAAGAAUUGAUACGCACUCUAGACGAUGUUGCAUUUGUUUCAUAUAUGAGCGAUAUCCUACGACAAAGUGACCAUUUACCACGUAAAGAUGAGGCUUUAUUUGCAUAUGCCACUUAUUUGGCUAGCGAUGUCGAUAUCAAAUGGAAGACAAAUGUGCGAAAAGCUAUUCCGCAUGUUCUCAAAAGUGCCGAGGAAUUGUUUAUGUUUUGCAAAUACUCAAAAUCGAUUCAUGCAAUUCAGGGGCGAAAAGGUUUGUCGAGGACAACCAAAAAAGCUGUUGUAGCUUGGUAUGAGAAAUGUACUCCUGAGGAGCUACGAGAGAUGUGGAUGUCACAUCGGGGAAUGUAUGGUUUUACUCAUAAGAAUCUGAUUUACAUGUGUCACAUUAGUGACGAGAUUCUUGGCGACGAUGUUGUUUGCACUGCAUUUAUGAAGACUUGCAGUGAAUUGAUUAAAGAAGAUGAGAUGAAAGGUGAGAAUAUGAUUAUGGAUAUGUGUACUCUUCGUACGACCACGAAGAAGAAUGAAGCUACAAAGAUUAUUAAGAAUUUAAGAUUAAAUUGGGAUCAAGUUCCUCCGAAUUUGUUCAAAUUUCCGAAUAUUGUUGAAUUGUUGUUGCCACAAAUGAGUUUGUUGGAUAUUAUUAAGAAGUGGCAUACUUUUCAUCAGCAUAGGCAUUUUGAUAAUGCCAAGAUUUUCAAGACAAUUGUUUCGUUGACGAAUAGAGAGGCUUUGCAGAAGGCUAAUCUUCAUCCAUCUGUAUUUUUGUGGCGUAUGGAUCGUUUGGGUAUUCCGGUGGCUGCAGCUGAUUUGCAAAAGGUCCCAGAAAAACGUGCACUCACAAUGCGCAUGGGUGUUUUUCAACAGAUGUUUAGAGAUUCAUUCAGCUUGAACCGCGCUGUUGGUUUGCGUUCUUUUAUUACAAUGACUCUUCAGGAUAACUACAAAAAAAAAUAUCUAACACAACACAAAAAGGUCACCUACUACGAAGCAGCUGUAUCCUUUGCAUUCUCUUAUUUCAAAAGAGAAAAACAUACCGAUAUUUUUGCGUAUACUGAUGACAAAGUUAAGCUAGCUCCAAUUCCAUGGGAGAGAGGAAUUCAAUUUAAUCAAGCUAUGGAUGUUUGUGAUCAUUUUAGUUACAAGAAGUCAUCCCAACGUUUGGUUCAACCACUAAUGGAAGCCCUAAGUCGCAAACAGGUUUAUGACUUAUUUUUGAUUAUUGUACCAUCCGCUGGCCGAAGUAAUCCUAAUCAAAAUUCAAGUUUCUUAUGCAGAUUCUUAGACAAAUAUCGUGAAAUGAAAAACAAAAAAGCCAAAUUUGUAAUAAUCAGUUUGUUGAGACACAAAAAAUCAAUGUCUUAUUCAACUGAAAGAAACGAGAAUAUUUUAGAAAUUUGUGGAUUAGAUGCCAACACUGCAAACGUGAUUGACAGUUUUGCCCUUAACAGAUUCGGUUAGAUCCAAAAAAGUCUCAAAUUCUUUACUUAAUCGUUAACCUACUUCAGUUGAAGUAAAACAAAAAAUCAAAACCUAAAAGUUUUCAUUAUACAAAAGUAAUAAUCUUCAUCUUAACAUGUCUCAUUUCUUGACAUGACAUAAAGGAAUUUAAUAAAAAAACAUACCAAUUUCAUAUAUCAAACGCAUAUAAUAUACAUCUCAUAAACUAAUAAUAAUAAUACAUAAUUAAAAGAAUAUAGCAUAGAAAUCAAAUAAUUUGCUGAAUGAAAAAUUCUUCACUUGGCGUUUAAAAAAUAUCAAAAAUCAAAAACAAAAAUGAAAUCAAAAAACAAAUUGAAUGAAUAUCCAUGACUGCCUUUCAAAAUUCAUUGGUACCACGCCUUUGGAUUUAGUUAAAUUAUAAGCCUUAUUUUUUGUUCACAAAAAAAAUCAUUAUACAUUGUACACAAAAAAUAUUACUAAAAAUCAAAAAAAACACAACUCUCACAAAAAUGUAUUCUUAACUAUUUUUACUAUUAGUAAUCGAAAUUGCUUAACCGAAACGAAAAUGUGAUUAAAAAAAAUAUAAAAAAAAGUAUUUCUGUCUUUUGUACAGGUCCAAAACCAAGUUAAUUUAAAAUAGUAAACAAAAAUAAAACAAUGAAAUGUAAUCUAUUUUUAAAUUGUUAACUGAAAUUAUUCUUAAAGAAUUUAAAAUCAAAACAUUUUUUUUAAAUGAAAUAAAAAUAAAAAAAAAAAAAUAACUAAAAUUAAAUUAACUAUGAAAUAUUCUGAAAAAAAAUACCGAACAUAAUGUGAUAUUAAAAAAGUUUGAAACAAAGCCGUAAGGACAUUUAAUAAUUUUAAGCUAUUGUUUUACACAAUUAUAGUUUGUUAAUUUUUUUUAUUACAUUAAUUGAAGAAAUUAUUCCGAAAGGUGGUUUCCAUAAAAACAAAACAAAACAAAGAAAAAAAAAAAAAAACAUAAAAGUAAAAUGUUAAACUGUUUUCAUGUUCAAAAAAAGCCUUUUCGAUAAAAACAAAGAAAUCUGAAAUAAAACUUUGCAGCAUACAGUAA